UGCGAAAGACUACCUCUACCUAAAACAUCAGCAAAGAUGAGCCAAACCAUAUCAACCACCAAGACAGCCCUCCUGGCUCGUGGCAACAACGACAGUGCCAGCAAUAAGGAGAAACAGCCUCUCCCAAAAUCACAACUCUCUCAACAAUACGGCGGUCACCACGCCGGCGGUUGGGUUGACUUGUUCCCGACUUCCUGGCUCUCGCGUCUUUCCCCGCCCACGGCCUUCUUCAUGGUCUUCGCUCCGCACCUCUUCGGCGCCAUUCACGCCGCUGCCACCCACCACCUCCCGCUCUCCUCCGUCGCCCGUGUCGGGUCCUACCUCCUAUCCGGCUCCUUCUUCUUCAGCAACGCCGCCCACGCCUGGAACGACCUCGUCGACGCCCCCAUUGACGCCCAGAUCGCCCGCACAAAGACGCGUCCCAUUCCGCGGGGCGCCAUCUCCCCGAAAGCCGCCUUCCUCUUCACCUGCGUCCAGGCCGCCUGCGCGGCCGUGUUUCUGCUCCCGCUGCCCUGGGACGCCACGCUCGCGGCAGUCGCCACCAUCGUCGGCACCACCUACUACCCGUUUGCCAAGCGCCACACGCACUUUGCCCAGUUCGUCCUCGGCCUCUGUCUGAAAUGGGGCGUCAUGGUCGGGUCGGCCGGCAUGGGCGUCCCCGCUCCCUGGCGGGAUCCCAGCACGGCUACCUUGGUGGCCGCCAGCGUCGUGUGGAUGGUCAUCUUUGACACCAUCUACGCGGACCAGGAUCUGGCGGACGACCUGAGGGUGGGAGUCAAGAGCACGGCGGUGCUGUUUGGUAGCUGGGCGAGACCCAUCUUGUUUGGCCUGUACCUGACCAUGAGCGCACUUCUUGUCGCGAGCGGGUACUGGGGCGGCAUUUGCUGGACCUGGUUCUCGCGGGGGUUCUGGCCUACGGGCGCGGCCAUUGCUGCUGGGUUACUGGUAGAGUACGGGUGGCAGCAGAUGGUUGGUCUGGCCUGA